AUGGACUAUAAAAAUCGUGAGCACCAGAAAUCGCCAUUUUCCAAAGCAACUUGUACCCCGUGCGGCUCGCCCAUCCCGCCUCUUCAUCCCUACCGACUUGUCAACACCACCAGCGUCGAGAAGAUGCAGAGCUUCUCGAGCCUCUCGCUACUGAGCGCUUCUACGGCCUACGACAUGAACGAGAACCCGUUCGAGGAUGCGCUGCCGGAGAGCGGCGUCGAAACGGCCGUCGAGGUUCCCCUGCCAGCGAUCACCGUCGGGAUGUCCUUUGAUGAUGCUGAGGUCAAACCCACCCCGCUGCCGGCUCCACAGUGCGGCUACUCGUUCCCGUUCAGAGACGUCGAGUUUAUCGUCAAAACGGCUUCAUAUCAGACUCUGCGUCGCGUCGAGGUGCGCGUCACGACGAAACAGCCGAUGGAGGUGGCCUACGUGGCUCAAGUCCGCAUCCGCACCGGCAACGGUGGCGUCCCGUCGACGAAAGUCGUGGACAAGGACGUUUUUCACUUUGCUCCCCUCUUCCACCCGCUGCUCGUCAACAUUGUCGACCAUCGCGUGCUCCACGUCCACUUUGAGCUGCGCUUCAUCAACCUGCUCGAGCGCCCUCAUCCGAAGUACAACGAGGGGGACGUCACGCUCGUAUUUCCGGACGGCUCGAGGUUGUCGACGUGGAGAGCACUGCUCGCCUACCACUCUCCCUACAUGAAAGAAAUGAUGCGCGGCGUACAGGAAGAUGGCGUCGUCGACGUAUCUCCCUUCUCGAGGGCCGACUUUGCCAGCCUCCUCGACUUCAUCUACCCCACCCGCAUGCCCAUCUACAAGGAGUUCAAAGGUCUCGUCCGCGCCGCCAACGCCUUCCAAGUGGAGACGGUGCUGUACGCCUGCUCACGCCAUUUUGUCGACCACCCGGAUUGGAGCAUCGAGAAGAAGAUACCGGAAGCGAUCCGCAUCGAGCUGCUGCCCGCCCUCGAGGAGCUCGUCUACAGGGCCUACCAAUCUGGCCUGUGGUCAUCGAUGAUCUCUGCCGGCCUCCAACCGGAAGCGUACUGCGGUGUCGAGCCAUAUGAGAACGUCGUGUGCCCCACCAUCCUCAAGGCCAAGUCGAUGGUGUACGGCGAGACCCUCCUCCGCUCCCCUUGGCGCCAACCCCAAUUUUUGACGACCCCCAAAACUGACCUCUGGAUGUACUAUCGGAUUCUGGUAAUGGGCACCCCAUUCUACGUAAACCGCGGCGUGCUCAAGAUCUACGGCACCGACGGCUUCAUCGUCGGCCAAACACCCGCCUACCUCGUCGCCCACUGCACCAGCGACUUCAUCGACGCGUGCAAGGCGGCCGAUGCUACGCCGGGAGAGCUGCUAAUCCUGGAACCCCCGGAGACCGUCGAGCGCCUGCUGCAGAACUUUGUUCUCGCCGAGGCUCUCCACCUCGACAACCUCCUGCGCACCAACCUGCAGCGCAUUGACGGCAGUUGCCAGGUGAUGGCCAACGAGGUGGUGGCGCAUCCGCGUUUCGCCAAGCUGUCUCCCGGGCUGCGCCGUCUGAUCGUCGACCGCAUCUGCUCGGGAUGGGGCAUCUACAACUACAGCCUCGUCAAGAAGCAGCCCACCCGCCAUUGUGUCCGCCACGUUAGCCUCGAGGGUGGAGGGCCACCGCUUGAUGAAGGUGCCGGCUUGGAGACGUUCCACUCGCUGCUGUCCCACUCGAUCUUUGGCCCUCGCCACGAGAUGUCGACGGAUGGCUGUAAAAAAGUCGUUAAUGCGGAUAUACUUAUCGUCUACGAACAGAUAUUGCCAAUUGAUCCAGCCAAUGACCUUAUGUAUUUUGUCGCUGGUGAUAUAUUCGAAGACCAGACGGCAUACGAUUUCGCCAAUAUCGGGCUCGGCGGAUUUGUCGAGGCGAUAUUUGAUAAUGAUGAGGAGGCAUGGGGAGACCCACAAAGCUCAGCGGAUAUCUCUGUGGUGCUCUCCGAAGUGGAAAACCGGUUUGACGACACGAAUGGAAGGAAUCGAGUGGUGAUCCUGAUCGGAACUGAUGACCACUCUGUCAAUAGCAGUAUGGCGUUGUCGAAAUCGCUACAAGACAAGGGCAUCUUCAUCAUGACCGUCUCUUUCUACAACAGCAGCCUCGGGGCAUUGGCCUCACCCGGAGCCACAUUUUCCAUAUCUGAUGGCGACUACAGCAAACUGCCCGCACCGAUUGCCCAGCUUCUUGUAUGCGCUCCCGACGGGAAAACGACGGUCCCGCCGACGACACCAGUGAAUACCGCACCGCCACUACCUACUUGUGCGCCUGGGACGCCGAUUGGGAGGAGUGUGGCUCUCGUUUGGGAUAUAUCCUUCGACAAUAAUGGCAGUGAUUUGAAUCAAUUGGCAGUAAACGUCUCCUUCUCCCUCAUCCCAUUUCCAGAUCCAAAAUCAUUCCCAGACAACUCCAUCGACUACCAAUACAGAACCCCCUUCGGCAGCCUAGCCAAAAUGGUCUUCCUGGAGCGCACCAGCAUCUCGGGACCGAACAAUAUUUCCGAUAUGGCAAGCGGCCUCUCCCUCCUUGACUACACCCCGCCCAAAACGGCUACUAUCCCGACCGUUUUAUUGUUUUCUAGCAGGGAUGAUCUGGUCCCAAAAGCAGAAGCCGAGGCGGACCGGUUAUAUGAUUGCUAUGGAUACGACUUUUUUACAGUGUCCAUCGGCUCAAAGCUCAACUUCGGCUCAAUCCCCUCCCAACCCGAAUACCAGUUCCUCCUCGACGGCAGCUUUGCGCCUGGAAAUUUUGUCGAAGUCGCCAAUCAAAUCACGAAAGCCAUGGCAUAUUGCCCGCCAAGUGUUUCGACACGGAGGGCACGAGAUCCGGAACACUGUAAU